AUGCCGCUGGAUGUACCAACACCUGCUGGGAUGAGGUUUUUCCUCCAGUAUGCUGGCUGUUUUUUUGCUUUUUUCUCUACUGGCUUUUUGAUAGCAUCUACCUGGACAGACUGCUGGAUGGUGAACGCUGACGAUUCCCUGGAGGUGAGUACAAAAUGCCGUGGUCUGUGGUGGGAAUGUGUCACAAAUGUUUUUGAUGGGAUCCAAACAUGUGAUGAGUACGACUCCAUCUUCGCUGAGCACCCUGUGAAGCUGGUGCUGACCCGAGCCAUGAUGAUCACAGCAGACAUACUGGCAGGAUUUGGAUUUCUCUUCCUUGUCCUGGGUCUGGACUGUGUGAAAUUCCUUCCAGAUGAGCCACUUAUCAAGCUGCGCAUCUGCCUGGUGUCUGGAGUUACCUUGCUCAUUGCAGGUCUCCCAGGCAUCACGGGAUCAAUGUGGUAUGCCAUUGAUGUCUACGUGGAGCGCACCUCUUUGGUCUUCCACAACGUCUUUCUGGGCAUCCAGUACAAGUUUGGCUGGUCGUGCUGGCUCGGCAUGGCGGGAUCACUGGGCUGCUUCUUAUCUGGGUCUCUGCUCACCUGCUGCAUGUACCUCUUCAGAGAGACCACCUCUGGAAGGCUCCAUUCUGCAUACUCCUUGAGGAAAGGCUAUUCCUCUGCUGGGACGAUUGUAACUAACGUGCACUUGCCGUCCUCACAAACAGCAACUGCCAAAAUGUAUGCCAUGGACACAAGAGUGUGA